CAAAAUUGUCGUGUUUUAUAACAGUUUUAUACACACGAAGAUUCUAUUUAAUAAACAUGUGUUAAAAUUUUAUCGACUCGACACACAUUGUCUUGUCUACUUAAUCUAAUUAAAGAACGGUAAACAACUCGUUUGUUGGCAAUAAAAGAAGUGAUAAUGAACGCGUUAAUGUUCCUUCUCUUUGCGAGUCAGCUAUUACACAUUUCUGGAACAGUGACCGUAUUACGCGGGCAAUAUAAUGUAUCUACAGGAUAUGAAAAAAAAUUAAUGUGUAUUUCGGAGGACGAUGGCGGUGCUCUAGUGUGGAACAAUAACUUAAGCGGGCAAUCUGCAUCGUACAAACACAACGCGACACCAUUUGAUUAUUUAAGUAGAGGAGUUACAGAUUGCACAAUAAAUUGCAAAAUGAAUGCAAACGAAAAUUGUUUACAAACGUGGAAUCAACUAGAUUGGAAGCUCACGAGCUCUCUUAAAACACCUAUGGGUCCGGUACAUGAUCAGCGAUGGGAAGAAUUUAAAGAAUAUACAAGUAGAGAUAUUAAAUAUGAACAUAUAUAUAUCGAAAAUACUACUGCAACAACGCUCUCUGUUUCGAUCCGUACGUUUAGCGACGCGCAUAUAUUAUUCUGCAACAGUAACAAUUAUCUCAGCGAUCUCUGCUAUUGGAUCAUAAUAGGUGGUUGGAACAAUAGUGCGGCCAUCAUACAAAAAUGCGAGACGGAAAUCCCUCCAAUCGGCAACUUUUCCCCCAGUAAUUCAAUCUGCAACAAAGCACAAGUUUCUUUUAACCAUAUGUCGUUAUCUGAACUUGAGUGGCGAUCGUUUAUUAUUAUGUGGAACUCUGUGACUCGGAAUAUAUCCGUUUAUGAUACUCAUAACUUGAUUAUGACGUACCAGGAUACAGAAAGUUCAGAAUUAUUGAGCACUGGAAAAUCUUAUCAAAUGUUUAUCAGAAGCAGCUCAACAAUACUGUUUCGAUUUCAUAUAUACAAUUUCUUGCACACAAUUUACGAAAAUGCAAUUUUGACGAGUCCUAUCGCUCAAUUCGAUGAUAGAAUAUGUAUACAAAUGUUUAUUGGUCUCUGCGCAGAAUGCGAGGUGGAUAUAAAGUUACGUAAUUCUACAAAUUACAAUAUCUUACAUGCGGUAAAUGUAAAAAGUUCAUCACGCACGAUAAAUCAUGGCUUGCCCAUGUGGCAAUCCGUUCUAAUUGAAAGAAAUUUUUCAAUCCGUUUUAAUAGAGUGGUAAUCGAAGUGAUUCCUAAACUACACGCUCGUAGUUCCAAUCCAUUAUGGGCUAUAGCAAAUGUUCGUCAAUGUCCUAAAAAUGGUUUGCUUUCUUCUUUAAGAUGGAGUAUUAUGACCCAAAAUUAUUUUGAAGACAUCAAUAGUUAUUUUUGGCCUGCCAUAUGUCAAAAAUUAUUUUACGCCGAUAGUGCCAUCGUAAAUUUUACAUUAGACGCCAAGCCAAACAUGACACUGGAUUAUGCAAACUGUCCUAGAAGAAAAAUUGGACCACAAUGUUCGAUAUUUUGCAAUGAUCUGAAUAAUAAUGUUAAUUGCAAAGGAACUAAAAUUUGUUAUGAAGAUGGUUGCACGUGUCCUCCAGAAUUCCAGGGAAGCACUUGUUUAAAUCCUUGUAAGGGGAACACAUACGGCUAUGGCUGCAGAAAAAUUUGCGGCGCGUGUCGCAACAAAACUUCAUUCUCUGAACAAGUAUGUGACACAAUAACUGGAGUGUGUAACAAUGGAUGCGAGGAUCUUUACAUAACACCUUUAUGCCAAUCAAAAAUAGACAAAUUAAACUCAAUUAAAGUUACUUUCUUAAACAAAAUAAUUGAACAAGUAAUGGAACAAAAUUCAUCCAACGCACAGAUCAUGCUUGCGAAAUCGAUCCAUAUCGGUGAGGUUCCAUUGAAGCAUCACGAAUCAUGGGUCAUACCAAUUUUAUUAUUCCUCGUUCUGUCAGGCUUGGGUUUUUAUUUGUAUAGCAGAAAGAAGCAGAAAUCGGCUAAACAGCUAAUGCAAGACGAAAUGAAUUAUUUGGUCUUGUUUAUAUAUCGAAAAUACUACUGCAGCAACGCUUUCUGGUUAUAUUUGUUUCCGUCAACAUCAUACCGCAUUUUCAUUCAAGCUGAAACAACUGCAUAUGUAACUAGCAAAGAUGUUUACGUGGAAAUCGAAACGCCUUCAACUAUAGCUUCCGGUGGCGAUUUAAAGGUCGCGGUCGACGACUUUAAUUCCAUAAUCAUAUUAAACAUACCUUUAAUUUUGAAUGACACGCAAGAUAGCAGAAUGCACAUAAUAGUAAAAGGUCCCACUUCUUGCGAGCAGUAUUCCGAAGUACCUAAGAGUUUACAUGCUAAAGCGAAUAUAAAAAAUUACGAUAUCGCUUGGCAAGCUGCCGAAAUUCCGACUAGUGACUAUGCUAGCAGGCAGUUCACGGUGGGCGACAAUCAGAGUUAUGGCGGUGCUAAAAAUUGCCCGUUAAAACCUCAAUAGCAGUACGAAAUAGUGGUUAUCGUAUUGGAACAAAAUUCAUCCGACGCACAGAUUAUGCUUGCGAAAUCGAUCCAUAUCGGUGAGGUUCCAUCGAAGCAUUACGAAGCAUGGAUCAUAUCAAUUUUAUUAUUUUUUGUUUUGUUAGUCAUGGGUUUUUAUUUGUAUCGCAGAUCAAAAAAGAAACCGGCUAAACAGAUAAUGCAAAACGAGAGAAAUUAUUUUUUUUUGACGCAGAAUAUUGAGAAUUAUCAACAUGAGUUCUCAAUAUCAAAUUCGAUGCAAGAGUUUUUAACAUUUUCCGACAGACAAUCUUUAUCGCGAUCAAUCACUUCGGAAGUGUUCCCACACAGUACAAAAAUUAACAGAAAUGCAGAAACGUUUCAAAGUUUCAAAACAGUUUCAAGUGACUAAUGUAAUAAAAUUGUAAAAAAUAUUUUUUCGUUAAUAACUUACGUGUCGCGUUGUGUUUGUACGAUGCAGAUUGCCCGUUUAAGUUAUUGUUCCACACUAGAGCACCGCCAUCGUCCUCCGAGAUACAUAUUAAUUUUUUUUUCAUAUCCUGUGGAUACAUUAUAUUGCUCGCGUAAUACGGUCACUGUUCCAGAAAUGUGUAAUAGCUGACUCGCGAAGAGAAGAAACAUUAACGCGUCCAUUAUCACUUCCUUUAUUGCCAACAAACGAGUUGUUUAACGUUCUUUAAUUAGAUUAAGUAGACGAGACACUGUGUGAGAGAAUAAAUCAUAUAUGAUACUACAAUCAUUUUAUUUCACAUAGUCACUUUAUUAGGUCUUAAAUCAAUUAUCGGACGAAAUAAGUAAUUCUAAAUGAGUACAUUUGAACAAAAUGCAGGUUGCAUUUUAGCAUUUUAAUUUAAACUAACCUUUUACUAUUAUGUGCAUUCUGCUAUCUUGCGUGUCAUUCAAAAUUGGAGGUAUGUUUAAUAUGAUCAUGGAAUUAAAGUCGUCGACCGCGAUCUUCAAAUCGCCACCAAAAGCUAUAGUUGAAGGCGUUUCGAUUUCCACGUAAACAUCUUUGCUAGUUACAUCUGCAGUUGUUUCAACUUGAAUGAAAAUGCGGUAUAAUGUUGACGGAAACAAAUUUAACCAGAAAGCGUUGCUGCAGUAGUAUUUUCGAUAUAUAUAUGUUCAUAUUUAAUAUUUCUACUUGUAUAUUCUUUAAAUUCUGAAAAUUUUAAGUACACAUUUCUUAAAAUGUUUUUACGACUAUUUAACGUCGUAAUGUAUUCUAUAGAUAUCGCAAUAAAUUCUGAAAUGUUUCUGAAAUGUUUUGUACUGUGUGGGUCAUCACUUGCCGUCGAAAAAAAGUCCGAUGGGAGAUAGAGAAGGAAAUAACAUCGUUGACGAAAGUUAAAGAUUUUGAAGAUUACUUUAGACAGGCGAUACAAUCGAGAUUAUUGGACAAGUAAUAUGAUUGAAAUUUUUUGUAAAAAUUUGAUACUUGCAUAGUCAUUUAUAUUAUAAGACGCAAGACUCGUAAUUCAAAAAUCUUACAGAGAAGUUAACACUU